AUGCUACAGCUGCGGGAUUCGGUGGACUCGGCGGGCACAAGCCCCACAACGCUGGUCCCGACCCACGGGGGCGUGGGAGUGACGGCGUCGAGCACGGGGCUCGGGCCGGGCGGCGGGGCUGGGGGCAGGACCCCGUUGCGCCAGACACUGUGGCCGCUCAGCGUCCACGAUCCCACGCGCCGAGCCCGCGUCAAGGAGUAUUUCGUGUUCCGGACUGGGACCAUUGAACAGGCCGUAGAGGACAUCCGCUUAGCUGUCUUGCCCAUGGAUGAUGGAGAGGUGCAGGGUGUGUGGCUGCUGGCUGAGGUUGACCAUUGGAACAACGAAAAGGAACGACUUAUUCUCAUCACAGAUCAAUCCCUUCUGAUCUGUAAAUAUGACUUCAUCAAUCUACAGUGCCUGCAGGUGGUUAAAAUAUCAUUAAAUGCAAUUGAUACCAUUUCCUACGGACAGUUUGAGUUUCCUCCUAAGUCACUGAAUAAGCGAGAAGGUUUCGGCAUUCGAAUUCAGUGGGAUAAGCAAAGCCGCCCCUCCUUCAUAAAUAGAUGGAAUCCCUGGUCCACAAAUCUACCAUAUGCUACUUUUAUAGAGCAUCCAAUGGCAGAUGCCGAUGAGAAGAUUGCAUCUCUUUGCCAAUUGGGAAGCUUCAGGGCUCUGUUAAUUCAAGCCGUCAAGAGGGCCCAGAAGGAAUUCCCCUUACCAGGUCGGGCCAAUGGGUUGCUGGUCUUGGAGCGCCCUCUUCUCAUCGAGACCUACGUGGGGCUCAUGUCCUUCAUCAACAAUGAGGCCAAGCUGGGCUACUCUAUGUCAAGAGGCAAAAUCGGCUUCUAAACUUCCUAUUUCACAAUCCACUUGCUAUAGAAGUUGUCAUUUGAGUGUUAUAACAAAAGGAGAUGGAGGGCUCAGGGUGUGAUCUUAUGUCGAAGGAUAUGUAAUGGUUUCUCACCUCUAGGUUAUGAGUAGUAAAGUGAAUUACAGACUUCAGAUAAUGGACACUCGACAACAAUACAAGCUAUACACAAAGGGCAAAUUGAAUCCAGUUGUCAGUUGUAUUAGCUGGUAUUUUAUUUUCUAAUGACUUCUAGUGCUUUUUCUUGAGUGUGUGGAUUUUUGCUUCUUUUGACAUUUCCCAAUGCAGCUACUCUAGCAUGUUCAUACAAAGGUGAGAAUGACGUCAUUUAGAAUGGAAUGUGAGGUUAAUCGUCUCUACAGGGAGAGGUACCUGCUGUCCAGUGCCUGUAGCCACAAAUGUUUACACUUACUUAGUGUCAAUUGUAAUAUUUUAAAGCUUCAUCUUUUUUUUUUUUCCUUUUUAGGAAGCCAAAUGCAAAAGUAGCCAACAGACUGGUCCACUCUAGCUGGACUGAGUCUUUGCCUUGGUUAGCUACUGUUGGGGGUGACAGUAGCUGUUAUGUAAAUAUAAGUUUGGUCUGAAGUCAAACUUUUUCUAGAAUGAAUCUAAAUUGUGUUCCUAUUUAUGAUAACCGUAUAAUACAGGCCCAAAGAGGUUUUUUGGGGAAAAAAAGUCACUUUUAUGACAAUUUAACUGAUUUUACUAGUCACCUUGAUAAUUCUUUGCACAUGAUUUUAUUAACAUAUAUGCUAAGUUUUUUAUUGCCAUAUGAAUAUUUAAAAGGGAAUGGGUUCACUUUGCUCUGCGAGUACUGCAUUUUGUAAAGGACUCCUGUUAGAUUAGCAUUAAGCAACUAAUGUCUAAUAUGGUUUUCCUUGUGUCUGUCUGUAGCUCAGAAUACUGCACUCACUUUAGCCAAGCUUUAGUGUCCUGGUGUGAAGAAUCUAGUCCAAGAUGAUAGUCUUUUACAAAUAAAUUAUACAAAUAGAAUGAUUGCUAGACUUCUUAGAAGAAUAAGGAAUCCUGUCUGCCACAAAACACAAUUUACUCUUUGUAAACUUUACAUGCUAUCUAACCAGCCUCUUGGUUUGUGUGUCCCUGUGUGUUUGAGCCCUUCGUUUUUAAGCCUCUACUUUAAUUGUCAGCUUGUAAAAGACUGGCAUGUAUGUGUCUGGAAUGCAACACUGCAUGUCCAAAAUAGGAAGACUGUUUGAGAAAAUCAUUGUGUCUCGCUUCUGUUUCUAAAUCUUGUAGUAAAGAUACUCCAACUUUA